UGGUUGAAGAGUGUUAUAUUGUGCAGGUGUCCCACAUGGUGCACCUGGAGUGCCCGGCGCAGGUGGAGGAGGCGGCGGGCGACCCGGCCGCCAAGAAGCCGCGCGCCGACACACAGCCGCCCACGCCUAACGGCUCCAACAGUAACGCCAACGCCCCCGCCCCGGCCCCCGCCGCCCCCGCCCUCCCCCGCGCCGCGUCCCCGCCCGCGCCCCCCGCGCAGCCCCCCGAGCAGCCCGCCGAGACCGCUACGGAGGCUGAGGAGCGCUACGACGACUGAACCACGCCACAUAUAUUAUCUCUUAGGUACUACUACCGCUACCUAUAUGGGAAACACUUUAAUGCACUAUCUUUACACAUUAAAAGGGGGGUCCUUACAGCAGAAUGAACGCGUAUAAUAGCGAUCGCGAGUUUCUCACCUGCCUGAUAGACUGCCCCUUCCUUUCUAACUAUAUUAAUUAAAAUAAAACGGGUAGCUAUCUCGCGACCGACCAUUUUUAAUACGCGUGUCCCCCCUUUACAACUUCCGACGAAUCGUAGAAGUUCUCGCAUCAUUAAUUCAUUAUUACACUAAAUCGCCUAUAAGCUAGCGUGAUGUCAAAUAAAGCUUUGUACCGAUGAAAUUCGUUCACUAUAAAAUUAUUAAGACACGCUCUCCCCGCACUUUUAAACAGAAUACUAUAUUCUUUUCUACAAUAUAACGACAACUAUGUUUAGUUCACAUAAUAUAACCUUGUAAAAAACGUGCAAAUAAUUUUCAAAGUCAAUAUUUUUAACCUCGACGAAUGCGGAAAUAUAUGAAAUCUUUAAUAUCCUACAAACAUUUUGAUAAAGAUACAUUUUAUAGACAGAAUUGAAAAUAGGACAACUCUGUUAAUUAAGAAUAACUGUGUCUCCAUCCAUUCUUCUCUAACCAAGCCAAGCUGGUUAGUGUGAAAGAGAUACAUACUGACGUACAGUCAACUACAAAAAGAUGUAUCCACUUUUUCACCUUAUUGCAUUGUAAUAAAGUGAAAAAGUGGAUAUAUCUCUUUGUAGGCGACUGUACUACGAUUCAUGUACAGAUAAUGAAAGUGAUUUUAAACUCUAUAGCAUAGGGAUAGAGUUCAUAAUCAAGUGGGAAGACUUUUUAUGAAGUCACGUAAGUUGAGUUGAAAUACACGAAUAAAAUUGAAAUAUCAUUAUAAGUAUACUUCAAUAUACGAAAGAGUUAAAUUUAAUAAAACUGAAAAAUAAUUAUUUUGCGUAUCUAGACUACGUAGAGUGUUUUUAGAUAUCGUACUGGCCACUAACUUGUAGAAUUCACUCUCGCGUGCGUAGUUUAUAUUUAAAAAAACAAUAUACUGGCACGCUAUUUAAUCGAUCGCUCCGUAGUGUGUGUCGCCUUCUGAGGUAAGAGUCAUCCCAGUUCCCACACUAGUGUCUUCCAACUUUACAGUCUGGUAAUAAAGAAUAAAGGUUAAAAAGUGGCAACAUUAUAGUGCUGUCCCUUUCAAAUCAAUUUGUGUGAUAAAACAGAGCGACGCUGACGCUACGAUGUUGCCACUUUUGAAUUCUAUUAUUUUUUAUCAGCAACACUACAGCCUGCCAAAAAUGAGUAGAAAUUAAAGACGUGGCAACAUCGUCGUGUCGUCUCGUUUUCCCGCAUAUCAUUGAUUUGAAAGAGACGACACGAUUUUUUUUAUUUCUACUCUCUUAUGUACCAGACGAGGUUGUAUUCGACUUAGACGCCGACGCUCAAAAGACGCUAUUGUGGGGCUGUCCUAAAAUAGACUAUUCGUGAUAAUGUUGAUAUAAGUUAUUCCAUGUUAUUGUAGUCGACCGUCUAUUUAGUUAUUUAGUCCUUAAGAUGUUUUCUAGUCUUUAUCUCUUGGCCGGCAUAGUUUGAUUAUAUUUGGUCCUCAAAAAACUCUUUCUUUUAAUGAAUAACAUCAUAUUUGUGGGCAGUAAUGUUAAAAAAAACUGUGGUGACAGUACUAUACAUCUGCAGAAUCUACAUCAGAUCUUGAACUGUUUUAUUAUUUGAGGUUUUCAUUAUAGCAGAUAUAAUCAACCGAUGUCGUCUUUCAGACGCCUUUAUGAAAUACCACAGGAUAUUUUUUUUUCAUCACAACGAGUUUGUUAGGCAUAUUAUCGGCUUAUGCAUCCGCUUAACACAUUCACCAGAUAAAAAAUGGCGCACUACUACGUUAGAAACCGUUUGUAAUUUAUAACAGCUCGCUCAUAUGGCGAGAACCCGCCCAGCGGGUUCUCCGGCAUCUGAGCAAAGUUCACGAGUGCCCACCAGGCGGGUUCUUGAUUUCGAAAGUGUUACCUAAGUGCGGUAGGUAACAGGGUUGCAAUGACCACAGCUUUUACUUUGGUUUGAAAAACGCCGUUAGGAAAAUAAGGAUUUUUUCUGUGGUGUAUCUCAUAUUUGUAUCUGUAAUCUAGUGCUUUAACUUUUCUUUACAUAUUUCCCUAAUUUUAUUAUUUAAUGUAAUAUCGUUUUACCUUUAAGAUACUUAUGGUUAAAGACCACGUCUGUUCGAUUUUAUAUCUUAUGCGUUUUAAGUUAAGGUAGAAUAUACUUUAGUGGUCUUCGUAUAAAUAAUGUAUCACCUUGUCUAUAUUUAUGUUAAAUCAUGUUUAUCUGUUUUUAAAUAAGUAAAGUCGCCAUCAGACAUAACUGAGCGGCCGGAGCGAGCAAAAAUAUCUGAACUGAACACGCCUCCUUAUCGCCUUGUCAAUAGAUGAGUGUUCAGUUAUUUUGUGAGCAUCUUGAUCGCUCCGAUUCCGAGAUCUAUAGGCAACUCUGUACUAAACAUUAUUAUAAUAGUGACUGCUGUUAACUUCCGUCAUUAAUAUAAUUAAAAAAAAAUAAUCUUAACUAUACGUCAUUUUCUUUAUAUUGAACGGCCAACUCUUGUAUGCAACCAUCGUAGUAUAAAAACUGCUGUAGCUUAAUCAGUAUGAAUAGUAUAAGUUGUUAUAUUCUAAUUUGGAUCACAUCGAUUUAAAUAGUUACAUACUUAGUUUGUAAUCUCAAUCAGAUCACAAAUCGAUUCAUUAUCAAACACUGUUAUCAAUUUUAUCGGAAAUAUUGUAUAUUCCUGAUCCUUUGUGGUAAUUUGGAAUGUUUAUUUGACAAUUGUAUUGGAUUAGAGUGAUCCUUAACACAUUCAUUGCCGAAAAAAAAAAUGGCACACUGCUCCAGAAACGGAUCGUUAUCUGUAUCUGACGUAAUUGUUAUCUUAUAUAGCGACCACCCGCCUAGCGGGUUAUCCGGCAUCUGAGCAAACAUUACGAGCGCCCACCAGGCGGGUUCCUGGCAGUUAAUGUGUAAAGGAGUGUGUCACCUUUAUUACUAGCAUUUUCUUUAAUGAUAGUGCAUAUUGGUUACUGUUGUUCAAGUUAGAGUUGAUAAGUUUAAACAUGGAUGUUGGAAGGAUUGACGUAUUAUGCGAUAUUCAGGAUACUGUCAAAAAUUUGCGGGUUAUUUUGGUUGAUCAGAAAAAAUCGUUCUCGAAUAAAUGCAAAGAGACGGCUGAAAAUUGAGUCAGAAUCUUAAUACACUAGAUAUGAGGUUAAAUAAUCAAUCCUUAAUAAAUAAAUAAAUAAUCAGGCCUUCCGCUAAUACCGGAGUUCACAAUUUGCGGACAUCUUUCUGCGUCAUUUAGACGGCACGUGAAGUUGUGUUUGAUUGACCUUGACCGGUGACCCAGGUAACUAGGUAUGUAACCAUCUAUGGUAACAAGACUGCUAAGUCUUCAAUGGAGAGCUUUGGUGCACAAUAUAACAACCUCAUGUGGUCGCGACAUGAGGAACCGAGAAAUAGUCUUUAAUAAAAUCGCAUAUGCGUUCUCACACCGUGUAAAUUGGCCUUAAUUGGAUUAAAAGUAAAAAAUGCCUACAGUUUGUAAAUGUCUGUGUAUGUCCUGAAUGUCGUAUUUAAUAGGGGCGUUAGACCUUAGUGCGUCAGACGGCCAGCCGUCUUCUACUGUGAUAAAUUGGAACCAGCUGUGAGAAGCUGGGUGGGUGUAGCUACAUUCAUUAUCCUUUGUAGUUGUAAGGCAGAGAUAUAAUAUUGUAGAGCUUUUAAUAUGUUUUAAUAAAAAUUAAGUGAUA